UGCGUUUCGGUCCGGCAGGAAGAGAAAACGACUCCCUUCAGUAGGUAGGCGUGUGAACUUUCGGUGUGCGGGAUUUUUCGUCGUGCAUAAAGCCCAAGUGCAAUCUCGCGUGCAGUGUGUGUGAUAAUUUCCACUGGCAGCAGUCACUUCCAGCUCGUGCUGUGCGUUCCGGUGGACUGGAAAGGUUAGCGGGACGUGGUUGUUGCAACAGAAGGGAGAGUUGUCGUCGUCGUCGUUUCGGUGUGGAAGAAGAAACGGCACACCACACACAGAGCGCCGUGCAAACACACACUCUCGAGAGCCCCGAAAACUUGUCCAGGCAAGAUUUAUCGUCCACCCGUUGUUGGGUUUGGCGGAGAACAGAGAGAAGGAAGCAGGAGAGCGGGCGUUAGGUGUAUGCCAAAAUAGGAUUUACCCUUCUGCUGUGUGCAGUGUGGAGAGGUGAAGAAGAGCAGUGAAAAGGGGACAACAAAAAGAAGCCGAGCAACUCGGUGUGAGUGUGUGUAUGUGCAUGUGUGCGUGCGUAUCCUUUUCCAGCCCUUGGCUAUGGUGCGUUUCCGUGUGCGCUUGUGUCAGUGACAUCGAAAAGCAGCAGCAGCAGCAGCCUGUCAAAAAGCAACGCCUGCUAGAGAGCUACCAGGACACUUUGGAGUGAAGAACAGUGAAGUAACAGUGCAGUUUUUUUGUAUCUUUCGGCGACGACAUUUUGCGUGAUUACGGAUUAAGCAAAGCCCUAAAGCUAAAAAUGUUUCCAGCCUAGUUUGUGUAGUGUCGCGAAGAAAUAAAACGAUAAGAACUCUGAACGAACGAACGCAAGUGUGACAGGUGUGUCCUCGUGUCCCAUCACUCUUCCUGUUUUCUCUCUGUGUCUAGUGUGCAUGUACGCGUGAGUGUGUGAUAAGCGGUGAUAUAAGCAGAGUAUGAAAAUAUGAGCACAUCAACGCCCACAGCACAGCAGACGGCCGGACCCGGUGCCGGUGGACCGCCAGUACCGCCGGUGAAGCCCGUCCUUUCGUCGCCCGGCGCCUACAUGGCCAACUUCCAGGGGUCGGGUGGUGGCGGUGGUAUGCCAGUGGCGGCACCUCCCAUUACCGCCGGCAUCCACGGUACGAACAAGACGCACGAGAAGCCGACGAUCGCCGCCCGGCCCAUUCCACCUCCGAAGCUGCCAAACUACUCGUCAUCCUUCAACAAGAUCGAUCGCGAUCGAAACGAGUUCACCAAGAUCGACAAAGCGGAACGGGAAAAGUUGGCAACGAAGCGCGAAAUGUUCUUCAAGUCGGAGAGCAACAGUCCGUCCGGACCGCCACCAAAUCCACCGGUAGGGCUGAACAGUCUCAACCUGGCUAACAACAACGUGAUCCAUAAUAACAGCGCAAACGCGGCCAACGAUAAACACAGCACGGCAGGGCUCACUAACUCGGUUGGCGGCGGCGGCGGCGGUGGCGUCACUAACAACAGCUCACCGGCCGCGGUCUCGAUUGGCGCAAUGGUCACCAAUAACAAUCACAACGGUCUGAACGGUGCACCGGCCACGAAUGGCAGCGCUGUGCACGCGGCAGCAGCAGCGGCGGCGGCGGCAGCAACCGGGAACAACAAUCUCGGCGGAGGUGGUGGCGGUGGCGUGAACGGGCUGGCGACCAGCAUGAACAGUAUUUCGCUGAAGGAGAAGCGGGACGCCCUGCUGAACCAUCACGAUAGCGGUGCGAACGGUCACCACGGUCAUCAUCACCAUGCGGAUGCGGCGAACGCGAAGCUAGCAAACGAACGGCACGAGAAGGAGAAGCCGGUGAUGAAAACGAAGCCGAAGGAGCUGGACGGGUACGUUGGGUUCGCGAACCUGCCGAACCAGGUGUACCGGAAGGCGGUGAAGAAGGGCUUUGAGCUGACGCUGAUGGUGGUGGGCGAGUCGGGGCUGGGCAAAUCGACCCUGAUCAAUUCGAUGUUCCUGUCGGACAUUUACCACGCCGAGCAGCAUCCGGGACCGUCGAAGCGCAUCAAGAAGACGGUGGCCGUCGAGAGCACCAAGGUGCUGCUGAAGGAGAACGGCGUCAACCUAACGCUGACGGUUGUCGAUACGCCCGGUUUCGGUGAUGCCGUUGACAACAGCAACUGCUGGCUACCGAUAGUGGACUUUGUAGAGUCGAAGUACGAGGAGUAUUUGACGGCCGAGUCACGCGUCCACCGAACGGCGCUGCCCGAUUCGCGCGUGCACGUUUGUCUGUACUUUAUUGCCCCGUCCGGGCAUGGGCUGAAGCCGCUGGAUAUCGAGUUCAUGCAGCGACUGUGCGAUAAGGUGAACAUCAUACCGGUCAUUGCCAAAGCGGACACGCUGACUCCGGAGGAAAUCACUCUCUUCAAGAAACAGAUUCUAAACGAAAUCGCUCAAAAUAAGAUUAAAAUCUACGAUUUCCCGGACCCGAUGGACGAGGAGGAGGACGCAAAAGUACUUCGCCAGCUGCGCAGUCGCGUGCCGUUCGCUGUGGUCGGUGCGAAUGCAAUUAUCGAGAUCGAUGGUCGCAAAGUCCGUGGACGACGCUACCCGUGGGGAGUUGCUGAAGUUGAAAAUUUGGACCAUUGUGAUUUCAUCGCUCUGCGCAACAUGGUCAUCCGGACGAAUCUGCAGGACCUGAAGGAUGUGACAAACAACGUGCACUAUGAAAACUAUCGCUGUCGAAAGCUGGCCGGUUUGGGUACCGAUGGCAAGGCCAAACUAAGCAAUAAGAAUCCACUGGCUCAGAUGGAGGAGGAAAAGCGGGAACAUGAAUCAAAGAUGAAGAAAAUGGAAGCCGAAAUGGAGCAAGUGUUUGAGAUGAAGGUGAAGGAGAAGAAACAAAAGCUCAAGGACUCGGAGGCCGAACUAACCAGACGUCACGAGGAACGAAAGAAGGCACUCGAGCUUCAAAUUCGUGAGCUGGAAGAUCGCAGAAAGGCUUUCGAGCAGGAGAAAGCCGAAUGGGAACAGCAAAACGGUGUCACGCUUGACGAGCUGCGCCGCAAGAGCCUCGAAGCCAACAGUAAAGAAACUGUGGACGGCAAAGGUAAGAAAAAGAAGGGCCUUUUCUAGAGUUUCGCUCACCGUUAGAGUGUGGUGUAAAGGACGGUGGGAAGAAAGUGUGCGCACACUGCUAUUACUACUACUACUACUACCACCCGGAGAUUGGCCAGCGAUGAUUGAUGACGAGGACGAUGAAGAUGAUGAUAAGGAUGAUACGGACGAGAUGAAUGUGUGGUGGCUGGGAUGUCAGGAAAUGCAGAGAGCGGUACGGGAGUGGAUCCACCCUAUAGAAACAUAUGCCCCGCUCGGAUAGAAAUGGCACAGGCGCACACUUCCGCCACUACCGCCAUUACGGUCUGCUACUACAGCUCAAACGGCGUCUACUAAAAACAGAAUUCCCCCAACAAAAAACUCCCCCCAACUGUGCUGGAGACGCGACUGCCACAGUCGAGUAUAGUUUAGGUAAGGUUUAAAAAGACAGUUAAACAAAACCGAUCAUAGCAUCACUGCUAGCCACCCGCCACUUCACGAUCAUCUAUCCUCUGUCGCAUCCUAGCAAAACAAACCACAGCCUCUCUUUCUCCCUCGUUCCGCUCACCCGCUCAUCAUGCUUCCCGAUCAUCAUACAGUAUACUUCAUAACAGAGAUUAGUAACACCAUCGGUCACAAGAAAAGGAGAAAGAGCAGAUAUUUUUAGGCAGACUUUCUCCAGCUGCGCUAGUACUAGUGAACGGAAAUUCUAGUACGAUCGCGCGCACAACACUUCACACUGCUGCUGACAGUGCUUCAGGGCGAUGGCGACACAGACGAAAACAGAGGGACAAACCAGCCGUGUGUUGUGUGCUUGUAUUAGUGCGCUACGCAAACGAGGGCCUACGGAAGGGAGCGAAAUGCGAUAAAAACAUAUAUUUUGGUGUAUAGUCCAUUGGAAUUAAGCUUAAAAAAUACGCGACGACUUACAAUUAAACGAGAGCGCUGCACCUCAUAUUAUUUCUCGCAGGCCUAUAUAAUCGAGUGUGAAUGACUUUUCUCUGCCGCAUGCACGAAUGUUGCUUUCUUUCAAUCUUCAAAUAAACAAAUUAAGAAUGGUAAAUCCUUACCGGAAGGACAUACUAAUGUCCCGUACAAGCAACACCUUUGGUAUGAUAUAAAAUUCAUGAAUGCUAGAGAAAAAAAAUGUUCAGAAAACACAUAAAACGGCAACCUUAAAAUCGGUCCUCCACCCACCGUACACCACACGAAUGGAAAGAGCGUGGAUUAAUGGACGAACCACGCAAAACAGUUUGGUACCAACACACCAACAAAUCCAUUUCCCCCCCACAAGCAGAGAGACAGAUAUGCCAUAUAUAUAGACAUUUAGAGUAUGUAUAUUUAUUAAAUUAUUUUUAAGAAAACAUGGCUUAUUUUUUAUAUGAAAAAGAAAAGGGAGCGAGAGAGGGAGAGAGGGAGAGGGAUUUGUAAUCCGGGUUUUCUUUUUAUAUUUACAAACACACAUACACACACAGGCGCAAUACACUAUUGUUUAAUAAAGUGAUAAGGAGUAAAGGGUUGCGAAAUGGAGGAGCGAUCAGCGAGAGACAGACAUAAAAGUUUCCUCCAAAAAAUGGACGACAUAGACAAGAGCAGCUAAUAAUGCAAUAUGCAAAUGUUACUAUGUUAAAAGAUUGCAAAAAAAACGGAGGGAAAAGUAAAGAAAAAAUCACACAAAUGAAAACGAAUCAAUCAAUAGCCAGUAAUCAACAAGUAUAAAACAAUAUAAAACAAGAGCAGAUAAAAGGAGAGAAAAAAAACAGCAACACGACGUGUUCGUGUAUACAUGUUCCUCUAAAGUUAAAAUUAAAGGGAAGAGAUAUAAAAACAAAACAAAUAUGCUUAACUAUGCAAGUAGUAGCAAGAUAAAACAGAAACAGUAAUUCGAAGAUAGCAAACAGAUGAUAGAUUUCUUCCCGUUCGUAGAGACGGUUCGAUUUCUGUUUAAAAGACAUUCGCUAAGUACAACACCAUAUAUUUGAUAUAAGAUCAGCAUAAGAACAACACGACAAACGGCGGUACCAAUAGCGGUUAACAGCAGCAGUGAUUUUUAGCUACAAAUACACACAGACACACACACACACACACUCGCAUUCACUCACCAGGAUAAUAGAGCACACACGUCCCAUUUUUUCGAUCAUUUACGAUUUAGCGCAAUUUAUGCAACAACAAAGCACAGGCACAGGAAUUUUUACCUUGAUUAGAUAGAAAAAAAGAGUAAGUAGUGUUGUUUUUCUUGUCGAUCGUUUGCGAUAAGAGGAAGAGAACUCAAAACUCCCCACCACCAUCCGGUUAACCAUCUCUUGGAAAAGGCAAUUGCUGCUAACUAGUCGAAUUUUUGUACUAAAAACUACACUCAUAAACAAAAACAACGAAAUAAAUAAGGUAGGGAGAAUUGGAAACAUUUGAAACGGUUUAGUCGUCGCCUGCGUAUUGGCGGAUUUUCCUUGCGAAAUUCGUGCAAUACACGCGGGUCGAGAAGAAGGAAGCUAAGACAAACAGAGGAAUUGCUUUGUGAUUUUGCAGAUCGCGGGGGCACCUGUUGUUGUUGUUUAGUCACUUUACAGGUCUCGCUCAACCUGCAAGGAGAGACACUCGCACAAGCCGCCGCAACACGCCGUCAAAUGAUACUUUCUAUUCGCAGCAAAGUAUGGAACUCAUUUCGACCGCUGGCUUGCGUGCGUGCGUGUAGCGAGAGUGUCCGCAAGUGUAGUGGAACUGAGUUGAGCGAAGAAAACAGUUUUAAAGCCCAAUUUUACACAAAUAAAUACCCCCGAUACCAAGGCACAGGUCGUCGUUGCACUCACAGACGCUUCAACGGCAUCUUUGCUUUGAAUGCAGCAGCCCACACACACCCGUGGCUUUCUGUAUUUGAAAUUAAACUAAUAUCAAAGCUCUGCUGUACAAAGCGAUGAGAAGAAUGGAAGGUAGCUUUUUUGGAUCGAUCCAACUCACGUAACAUUUCAUCAAUUCCACGUAGACAGCAAGUUAGGAAGCUAUUUAACUCUUUAAAGAAUUGCAACAGUACAACAGCAGACUAACGAUUCCACUUAACCAGCUAGCGAUAGAUAGAGCGAUGUAAAAGAAGAAGCAAGGCUUUCCCUCCAGCGUUGUGCUGGUUUUUGUUUUUGACGGCGAAAAGGAAAUUGAUCCCCCCCGGCCGGUGUGUGCCGCGAGGUUGUCGGUGUGAUGGGUUGCAAGAAGCUUGAUCAUUCAGAACGAUCAGUAGAUUAAAGUGAUCGAUAGCAAUAGGCCCCACUAAUGGAAUCUUUAAAUGGGAUAAAAAAACAUUCAAACUUUCUGCUGCUCUGACGCUGUCCAACACACGUACUCUCUCUCUCUCUCUCUUUAUUCUCUCCUUUGUCUCCAAACAACACACGCUGGUAAAAGAAAAUGCUUAUUCACAAUUAGUCAUGCCGGUGGUCACAGAAUAAAGAAUUAUAAACUUACCAAAUAAGGAUUAAAAACAACGCUCCCCUCCUUCCUUCCAACACACAGCGUACAAAGCAAGUGUGUUGUGGGAUCGAUCGAUGCUCUCUCUCUUGGAAAAGCAAACGCGAUUAGAGAUGUGUUUCAAAUCAAAAACAAACACAGUGCAACUGGGUAUGGAAGCUGGGCAGAAAAUAAGAAUGAUAAAAAUGUAAACAGCACAGAAAGGAAUUCCGAACAAAAAAGGAUAUAUAUCUGUAUUUUUGUGUUGUAAAACUUCUUCUCACUCCGUGGGGGAAGUGAGGGAGAAGAAGUUGUGUGUGUGUGUGCGUGUGUGUGGUAAUGAUACGACAGUAAACAAGACGGGAAUAUAUUAUGCUUAAGAGAGAAAA